AUGUCUUCCCAGGGUCGGAGCCCCAUUGUUGGAUUUUACGGGAUGCUUUGCGUCUGGGCUGCCUGGCUUUCAGGCUCCGGGGCGGUGUUGUCCCCAAACGGGACGAUAUUUGAGGAUAACUGCAAGAAAACUACAACUUGCGAGGCACUUAAAUACAACACAUGUCUGGGAUCGCCUUUACCGUACACACAUACUUCUCUAAUCCUGGCGGAGGACUCCAGCACACAAGAAGACGCUUUUGAGAAGUUGACCAUGUGGUCCGGUCUGCGGAACGCUCCUCGCUGUUGGUCGGUCAUCCAGCCUUUGCUCUGUGCCGUCUACAUGCCCAAAUGUGAGAACGGGCGAGUCGAGCUGCCCAGCCAGAGCCUCUGUUUGGCUACACGUCGGCCAUGUAGCAUUGUGGACCAGGAGAGGGGCUGGCCCAGCUUCCUCACAUGUGACCAAUUCCCUGUGGGCUGUUCGAACGAGGUGCAGAAGCUGAAGUUCAACAUGUCGGGCCAGUGUGAAGCUCCCCUGGUGAAGACAGACAUCCAGUCCAGUUGGUACAAGGACGUGGAGGGCUGCGGUAUCCAGUGCGACAACCCUCUGUUCACUGAGGAGGAGCACAACGACAUGCACGCAUACAUCGCUUACUUCGGCACCAUCACCCUGCUCUGCACCUUCUUCACCCUGCUCACCUUUCUUGCCGACUGGAAGAACUCCAACCGCUACCCAGCGGUCAUCCUCUUCUACAUCAACGCUUGUUUCUUUGUGGGCAGUAUUGGAUGGCUGGCCCAGUUCCUGGAUGGAGCGCGCGACGAGAUUGUGUGCAAGAGCGACAACACUAUGCGACUCGGGGAGCCCUCGUCUUCAGAGACGCUGUCAUGUGUCACCAUCUUCAUCAUCGUGUACUACUCCCUGAUGUCGGGUGUGAUCUGGUUCGUCAUGCUGACCUAUGCCUGGCACACGUCCUUCAAAGCUCUGGGCACCACCCACCAGCCGCUGUCCGGCAGAACCUCCUACUUCCACAUGGUCACCUGGUCCGUCCCCUUCAUCCUCACCGUGGCCAUCCUGGCUAUUGCGGAGGUGGAUGGAGACUCAGUGAGUGGGAUAUGUUUUGUGGGCUACAAAAACUACAAAUACCGUGCUGGGUUUGUGCUGGCGCCCAUUGGAGUGGUGCUUGUUGUCGGCGGCUACUUCCUCAUCCGGGGUGUCAUGACUUUGUUUUCCAUUAAGAGCAACCACCCGGGACUACUGAGCGAGAAAGCUGCCAGCAAGAUCAACGAGACGAUGCUGAGACUUGGUAUAUUUGGAUUCCUGGCUUUUGGCUUUGUUUUCAUCACCUUCGGCUGCCACUUCUACGACUUCUUCAACCAGGCUGAAUGGGAGAGGAGCUUCAGAGAAUACGUGCUGUGUGAAGCCAACGUGACAAUCGCCUCUCAGACCAACAAGCCAAUCCCAGAAUGCACCAUUAAGAACCGGCCCAGCCUGAUGGUGGAGAAAAUCAACCUGUUCUCCAUGUUCGGGACGGGAAUCGCUAUGAGUACCUGGGUCUGGACCAAGGCCACCAUCCUCAUCUGGAAACGGACCUGGUGCAAGAUUAUUGGUCGUAGUGACAAUGAACCCAAGAGGAUCAAGAAGAGCAAGAUGAUAGCCAAGGCGUUUGCGCUGAGAAAGGAGCUUCACAAGGACCCAGAAAAGGAGCUGUCCUUCAGCAUGCACACCGUGUCGCAUGAUGGACCAGUGGCUGGAAUCAAUUUUGAGCUAAAUGAGCCGUCAAAUGACAUGUCAUCAGCUUGGGCGCAGCAUGUGACCAAGAUGGUGGCCAGGCGAGGGGCCAUCCUGCCUCAAGACAUCUCUGUUACUCCUACUGGUACACCAGUGCCACCUCCAGAUGAGAGGAACAGGCUGUGGAUGGUGGAGGCUGAGAUUUCACCAGAGAUGAUAAAGAGGAAAAAGAAGAAGAAGAAGAGGAAGAAGGAGGUCCGUCCAGCGGAGGAGGCGGUGGACCACCAGGCUUAUCGCCAGCGUGAGUUUGGUCGCAGCACAGUGCCUCGCCUGCCUAAACUGCCAUGCCACCCCAGUCUGGUCGCUAAUCUGCGGGAACAGCAGAAGCAACAGCAGAGGUUGGCGGAGGAAGUCCUGCCAGGGUCCUACCCAGAUUUCCAACCCUCCCACCCCCUGUCCUAUGAGGAGAGGUGUCCCUACCAGAGCAGUCGGAACAGCUAUGGCCGCAGCCUGCUCUCUAACCCUCUAACCUUCAGCGACCGGCCAGAGGAUCUGGGUCUCGGCCCGCGCUGCCUCCCUUCAGCCUCCACCUGGCAGCCCAGUGGACCUUCCUGUUACCCCGGAGGGAUGGAUCUCACAGACGGGCUGUCAGACAGGUUGGCCCACGUGGCUCGGGUACCGGCAGGCCGUAGGGCCGGCUACGGACCCAUUCACUCCCGGACCAAUUUAAUGGAGGCGGAGCUUAUGGAUGCUGACUCUGACUUCUAAGAGCAUUGCUCCAAUUAUAUUAUAUAUAUUGCUUUGUGGUACACAGACAAGUAAGCUACAACAAGUGCUGGAUACUUAGACAUUCUUACUAAAGUGCACCUGAUUCCCAAUGCCCAGAGGUCAAGAUGGAACUAAGCCGGUCAGUUUUUUUUAUUUCUUUUUUCUUUUUAGAAAAAACAAAGGGACAAAGUGGAUAAAGAAUGUUGUGAAUAAGUUAAUGAAAAAAAUAUUUUUUAUACUUUAUUUGUGUCCAAUAAAAUUUCAAAGGCAACUCCAUGAUGACAAGGCAAAUAAGGCAGCUAAACUUUAUGUGGCUUGAAAGAGAUAUCUUUACUCUGAAACCCCCCCCCGUGCAUUCAGUGUCCGCACAGCCCUGUUUGUGACAACAUUCAGCUCUGGCAGGGUGAGUCUCCGUGUCGAUCAACACAGUCAACUUCUUUUUGGAAUUACCAGUAAGGACAUUUGAAGGUGAAGGCAGGCGAUAAAACUUUUGAAAGUCAUUUAUAUUCUUAAUUUUUGAUUGACCGCUUGAGUCAUAAUUAUAUUUUACUGCCCCAGGGAGGGCAGUAACACCUGACUCAUACAGAAGACCAUACAGGUUUAAGAAAAAUGAUACGGGCUACUUGCAAAUACUGUUUAACCCAGGUCUUCUUUUGUGUUGUAUUUUUAAUAUUUUUAAGUCUUUUCCUCUUUCCACCACUAUUUAGCCAUUAAUUACUUAUGUUUAUGUACAGUUAACUUGAGGUACUAACCGUUAUCUCCCUUGUCCUAUUGAUACUAAUAUCACAUAAAUGUGAGAAAGUGGUAGGACUUUCUUGUGUGACACACAGAAGACAGGAAGUACUAAAAUAAAUGGUUACGACUCAUUUUGUACACACCAGGUGCUUGGUUCUCACAGCUUCACAUUUUGAUCAUUUACUUCAGAUUUACAAAAUAAUAACCCAAACGAUUAUAUUGUCCUUACUCCAUUGUAUUGACAUCUUCAAAGUAAUAUUGAUUUUGUUAAAGAAUAAUUUAAAACCAGUCUAAAAAACCGGUGUUGGCAGUGGAGGGCUGCCAAGACAAGAUUUCAGGAGUCGUUUUAAGUUACUCUUUUAAUCAGCUAGUAUACAAAAGGUUGCUGAGCUAAAAUAUAUACCAAUAAUGGGCAUACACACACUUGUCUGGUGCAAUAAACCAACAUUAGAUUAUUUUUUGCCUGGACGAAUAAAUUCUCCUUUUAUAUUUCAGUAAAAGUGUUUUUCUUUGUUUUUUUUUACAACAGUAUUUCUACUUUUGUUAAUCUGUUGUAUAUAUUCAAUCUAAACUGGGCUUCAUAUGUGUUUCCUCUUUCUUCAGCCCAGUUGAAAAUCUUUUAUAUGAUGUAUUUUAGACUGCAGUGGGCUUAGAAGUCUAAUUUCUAAAUGUGUGUUCUGUAUAUAGGCUGUUCAUAGAUUUCUCAAUAAGGGUAUUAUUUGUACAGAUUUAUAUAUCAAAUCACUUGAUUACUCUGCUGAUAUGAUAAAUAAAAAGGGAAGAGUCAACUAUGCUAUAAAAAGAUGUCACUGUACUUGUGCUGUAACCAAAAUGUUACCUAGUAUUGUCAUUUUACACUCGGUAUGGAUAAAUGAUGCUGAAGUAGACUGUGAUAGCCGAUGCUCAUUAGUUUGUCAAAUUGAAGUGUCUAGUUAUACAUGUGACAUGUGUACGAUAGAGAAUUAUUUAUACUAUUAGUAGUUACCACACUGCUAUGAAUUCAACAAUAUAGAGAGUUUGGCAACAAAAUAAAGCAUAGCUGAUAUCAACCUAAAAAGUUUAUGUGCAAAGAUUAUUAAGAGACUAAAUGAAGAUCACUUUUGGAAAUUAUGUUUCACUUUUUAUGCCUUGAAAAGUAAUAAUUUCUAUUUUUUGUCAACUGUCAAAAAGAUUUAGGUCUACCAGCAGGCCUUGUGUUUCUUUCUGUGUUUAGUCUCCCAACUGUGUGUAAAAAAAAAGUUUACUGUCAGUUUGUGCAGCUGUACGUUUUUGUUUUUAUAUGUAAAUAAAAGUAACCCUACACUUUU